AUGCCCCCCAAAGCGGCCAAACGAAAGUCGACGUCCCUUCCUCAAUCCAACGGCGCCGCCAACAAGCGCACCAAGACGAGCAGUGACUUGCGUCAGCCUCACCCCCUGGCUGGAGAGGCCGAGAAGCACGGCAUCGUGCUGCGAAAGUACUACCCGCAUGAGAUGAGCAAUGCCCGCGCGCGCGCCUACAACAAUGACGAGAUCCCUCGCCCCAUGGAGGAGCUCGUCUCGGCGCUCGAGGACACGGCCGAGCAUCGCAAGGCGGUCGAGGUCAAGGACUCCGUCGUCCAUUGGUUCAAGAUGGAUCUGCGCCACACCGACAACAAGUCGCUAGCCCUGGCCAGCGAAAAGGCAAACGAGGCCGGCGUGCCCCUGAUUUGCGUCUACAUCGUCAGCCCCCAGGACUUUGAGGCCCAUCUCACCUCGCCCGUCCGAGUCGACUUCAUGCUGAGGACGCUCGAGGUCCUCCGCGACGACCUGGCCAAGCUCGACAUUCCCCUCCACGUCGAGACGGUGGCCAGGAGAAAAAGCAUCCCCGAUCGCAUCCUGGAGCUCAUGGAGGAGUGGGGUAGCAGUCAUCUGUUCGCCAACAUCGAGUACGAAGUCGACGAACUACGCCGAGAGGCCCAGAUGGUGCGGGAUCUGUUCGAGAAUGACAAGUCGUUCGAGGUCGUCCACGAUAGCUGCAUCGUCGCGCCAGGGCAAUUGCGUAGCGGUGCCGGGAAACAGUACGCUGUCUAUACACCUUGGUACCGGACCUGGGUCGCCCACGUCCACGACAACCUCGAUCUCCUGGAGCUCUUCGACCCGCCAGCCAAGAACCCAGAUGGCGCCCGGAAAAAGUACAAGAAGCUGUUCGACUGCCCCAUCCCAGAGGCGCCCGAGAACAAGAGCCUCAGCCAGGAAGAAAAAAAGCGGUUCCGCUCCCUCUGGCCCUGCGGAGAGCACGCGGCCAGGGACAGGCUGCACAAGUUCUGCGACGACAGGGUCGGCAACUACCAUAAUAAGAGGAACAUUCCGGCCGAUGAGGCGACUUCAAGUCUGUCGGUGCACCUGGCUAGUGGGACCAUCAGCGCCAGGACGUGUGUCCGGACUGCGCGGGACGGCAACAGGUCCAAGAAGCUCAAUAGCGGUAACGAGGGAAUCCAAACGUGGAUCAGCGAGGUUGCUUGGCGGGACUUUUACAAGCACGUCUUGGUAAACUGGCCGUUUGUCUGCAUGAACAAGCCAUUCAAGCCCGAAUACUCCAACAUUUCGUGGUCAUACGAUGAGGACGACUUUGUGGCGUGGUGCGAGGGCCGGACUGGGUUCCCCAUCGUCGAUGCCGCCAUGCGCCAGCUCAACCACAUGGGCUACAUGCACAACCGCUGCCGCAUGAUUGUCGCCUCGUUCCUGGCCAAGGACCUACUCAUCGACUGGCGCAAGGGCGAGCGAUACUUUAUGGAGCAUCUCAUCGACGGCGACUUUGCGAGCAACAGCGGGGGUUGGGGAUUCAGUGCCAGCGUCGGAGUUGACCCUCAGCCAUACUUUCGCGUCUUCAACCCGCUUUUGCAGAGCGAAAAGUUCGACACCAGCGGCGAGUACAUCCGCAAGUGGGUUCCCGAGCUCAAGGAUCUCAGCGACAAGCAGAUUCACGAGCCGUACAGUCGCGGCGCGGGACCCCAGGCCAAGAAGAAGGGGUACCCGAAACCGAUUGUCGAGCACAAGCACGUUCGAGAACGUGCGCUGAGUGCAUACAAAGAGGGAAUUGAAAGCGGGAUGUAG